AUGGCGAGAGACUGCCACAUCAGGCUGACAGAUCCGCUCGAUGAAAACUUCAAGGAAAUCGCCGAUCUAAAUGAGCUUAUGGUUGGAAAAGCGUGUAAUCGGGGGCGGUAUUGUUCUCCGACCCAGAUGCACUCAUGGGAACCCUUGAACCGCAUCUCAGAGUUGGAGCAAGAGAAACAUCUGUUGCGGCGUCGCCUGGACACGAAUCAGGGGGAGUAUGAGGCGAGGAUACUAGAGCUGCAGAAUGACAUCAAGGAGCUGAGUGCCAAGAUCGGCUCCAGGGAUACAUCUGUCAAACAGCGAGAUGAAGAAAAGGCGAACUUGAUCGCUGAACUCACAGCUCAAAACUCGCGGCUCACAGCUCAGCUGAAGGAGUCUUCGGCGACGGAAGCCCAGUUGCUGGCUCAACUCGACGGCCUUAAAGACCAGUGCUCCAUACGGAUGACCAGUUUAAAGGACCACGUCUCAAGUUUGGCAUCCUUGAAGUCCGAACUGGCAUUAGUUACUGACAAGAAACUGGACCUAGAGAAACGUCUCACCGGUUCCUUACGGGAUAAAGACAAUCUCUCCCAACAGCUGGAGGAAGCCAAUGACAGGAUUGCUGCUCUUGAGCGGCAGAUGAAAGAACAGGAACAUCUCUACCAGAACACAUUGAAGGACCUUGAACGUCUUCAGCGAUCACAUGAUACGCUGGCAGAGCGAGUCGGUGCACCGGAACCCGUCAAAACAACGAAAGUUGCAAGGUCUCUCCAUUCAGAAAUGGAGACAGAACCUGAAGAGCAGGACGACAGCUGGCUACGCACCGAAGCAGUGCAGGUGUUCAAACAACUCAGGUCACUGGCUCUUCAACUUAAUACAGGACACGACGAUGAUUCUGGAUUACACUCGGAUCUAUCAAUAUCCUCACUGGAUGGUGAUGAAGGGGAGACCUUAAGACGUGGAGCCUUGUCAGCCGCAUGCGCAGAUGCAGUUGCAGCUUACGCAACCUUAGAGGGCAGCAGAGUACGUGAUUCCAUUGCGGCGCAUGCGCGACGUUCUAUGGAGAGAGAGAGACAGAUUGACGAGAAGAACGAGUUAAUCGCUGAUUUGUCAUCUAAGCUGUCAGUAGCAGAGGUGGAAUUACGCGCUGCCGCUGAAGAACGUGACAAACUGCUUAAUGACGCAAACUACAGUAGUCUACAAAACGAUGAGGCUGUCGCUCGCGCAAGACAAGAGAGGGACGAAGCUAUCGAGAGGAAGAAAGCUGUCGAGGUUUCCCUUGCGAAGACCCGCGUGGAGUUGAUGCAGGCGAAUAGUCAGCUAUACGAAGCUGUCCGACAGAAGAUUGACCUUGGACAGCAGCUAGAGCAGUGGCAGAUGGACAUGCAAGAGCUGAUAGACGAGCAGAUGAAGCACAAGUUGACGUCAGAGAAGCGUCGCAAGAUCCCUCAACCCGUGCCUCCCACUCGCACUUCAAGGAUCCUGGGCUUCUUCCAGCGGUGA